GCCAGUGACGAGAUAUAUGUUAACAAAAACGGACAGAAAACAAAAGAAAAGUGAUCUCGAAAUCGAUAUAAAUAUCUAUAGAGUGAAUUUAAAGGGGAAUUCUAAGUGUUUUUUGUGAUAAUGGUGUCUGUGCAGACAAUAGCCACUAUCGUGGUUAAAGUAUUCAAAAUCGUUCUCAACAUCGUGAUCUUGGUACUCUAUCGUACUGGAUAUAAUGGCGAGUUCCUGGGAGUUGGAGGCACGUGGAACCUCAACGAGGAAAAGAACCCUGAUGCUGAAAUCGUGGCCUCCGGUGUAAUUGUGGGCUAUCUCAUUUACACACUCGUGCAAAUCGUCACGUUCCUCUUCGGCACUACUGAGCACAAGAGAGCUCUGUCCGAAAUCGUGAUGAACUUCAUCGGUGUGUUCAUGUGGAUUGCGGUUGGCGCUGUCGCGCUGCACUACUGGGGUGGAUACCAGGGAGAACACCAGUUCCAAUUCGUUUUUGCUGAAAAACAGGUUGGUUUAGCGGUCGGUGCAUUAUGUGUCAUCCAGGGCGCGGUAUAUCUCCUCGAUACAGCGCUAUCCGUCAUACAUUUCACGAAGGAAAUGCUGAAACUGGAGUAUCUGUACUCGGGCAGCCUGGUGAUAAUAUCACCCAGAUCGAAGGACUUUAUGUGUGAAGUCGACGUGUACGCCAGCAACAUUGCGCCACUAACGGAGAACGUGUCGGAGUACGGCGGCGGCGCACGAGUAAUCUGGGCCAUGUCGGCGGGAGACAGGGAGGCGGACGCGCAGGCCAAGAAGGGCGAAGAGGGCUCUGCCACCGACAGAGACAGCCGCGCAGCUGCUGUUCUCAAACAUAAUUGGUGCAUCGGCCUGAGGACGAUUGAACUGAUCCUUGCUGUGAUCGCCAUUGGGCUUAUAGAGGGUGCGAUGACCGCCCCCCAAGUGUUGCAGUCUGACCAUCGUCAUAUCGCCCUCAUCUUCUCCGCAUAUUCGAGUUUCAUCAUCAUCACCGGUAUACUAAUCAUCGCCCGCCUUUUCGGCGAGUCUGCUGGAUGGAAAACUUCCAUUGGGUUCUCUAUUAUUGGUGUCAUCAUGUUCACGGCUGCAGCUGCGAUUAUUUUUUAUGAUUGGCACAGAUCUUACUACGCUAAUAUUCGCCCGAAUAAAGAGGUCUACAACCUACUUAUAUCAUCUGGUGUCUUUGCUUUCGUUAACGCGGUUGUUUUUCUUAUGCACGCAUUCCUUACUUUCAGAAAAGAAGCCGAUUAUUAAUUUUAGUAUUGUAGCAAAUACUAAAUAUACACUUUUUUAAAUAAUUAUUUAAUAUAAAAUAAAACACAUGUUUUUUUAGUAAUAUAGUUAAACAUUUAUCAUUUUUAUUUACUCCAAAGUAUUAUCGUAAGUGUAAUUAAACGUAAUAAUAAUUAAAUGUAUAUAAUAUCCGAGUUGUCCUGGAGAGUAGCUUUUUUAAUAGUUAUAAAAUUAUAAUAUAUUUAUUAUUAUAAGUUGUCCACUAUGCAGCUGUUGUCAUAAAUAAAAAAAAAAAACAUUGUUUUGGCCGAGACAGUGCAAGUUAAAAUAAAUAUAAUAUACUUGCUUAAAAUAAAUAUAAUGUUAACUAUAUCUACUUAGCUUUUCUUAAGUAUUAAAUAUAAGAUUUUCAAUGAAAAUGGUAUAAGUUUUAUUAGUUAUAGUUUUGAUUGUAAUUGAUGUGCAAUUUUGUAUUUAUUAUUCCAUCCGAAGUACUAAAACAUUCCGUUUUAAUUUAAUUAAUACAACUAUAUAACUAUUAAAUUUAAAAACAACGAAAGAUCCACCGCUCUUUAUUGUUAAGUUUAACACUUACUUUAAAUCAUUAUUAAUAAAUUAACAUUUGUUGACAUUUUUAUAGAUAAAAUAUUGUCGGAAUAUAAUUAAAAAAUAUUACACACAAUAAAGGUUAUCGUGCACUUAUUGUACUCUAAAAUCGGCAUAUUAUAAAGUCUUGUUACGACGAAGUAGCGAGUGACACGCGGAAUCCUUUUCACAAAAAUAAUAGCUUUUUUACUUUUAUAAUGUAUGAGCAUCAUGAAACACACACACACACACACAUGCAGAACACGAUUGUAACAAUACCCAUUAUUAUAAAUACAUAAGUAUUAGUAUUAGAUGUAUUUUUUUAGUUUUUAAGUCUAUAUAGGAAGACCAAAGCAGUAAUCAGUAUCCGUCCAGUGGUAGUUAAGUUUUGUAUUAUGUUGAUUUUUCUUAUAUUCUAAAUUCUAUCUGUCAUCUGUCACAAAAAUCUACAUUGGCUAAAUAGAAGUGGUCAUAACAUUUAACUUUCAAUACGUCUUGUUAAUUACUCACGCGUUUAAAGUCUUUUUUAUUAUUUUAAUGCUACUUUUAUAUUAUUUCUAAAAUUAAUUUAAAAUAGACGCUUUCUUUAACGUUUAUUUUGUAUUAUUGUUAAAAAUGUAAUCCUUAGGUUUAAGAAAAUUGUAAUAAUAUAUAAUUAAUUAUAAAGACAACAGAUUAUAGAAGUCAGCGAUAAGGGACUUAAUAUUUUGCACCAUCCCAUUCGGAUUGUAAUUAAUUUAAAUAAAAUCAAGCAAAUUUAUUAUAUUGUUUUUAAGAACACGCAUAACGUGUAUUCCGGCGCUAAUGUUACCUUAUAUUAUGCUUUUGGUAAAAGGUACCCGCGUAACACAGAAAAUGAUGAUAUAGUGUUGUAUUUCUCAUUAUAAAUGCAUCGAUGUUGUGACUCGGUUGUUUGUAUAUAAUAUUAUGAAAUAUGGAUUGUAUCGACGUAAUUUUAUAAAUAAAUAUAAUUGCACAAA